AUGGGGACCACCAACACAAAAGCCAUAAAAUCCUCUUGUGGCCUCCUUCUCAUCGCAAUCCUCCUAGCUAUGUCUUCAGACAAUGCAUGUGGCGAUGACCUACCGCCUUCACCAGCACAGGCGCCGCUGUCAUCCCCCGUUGGCGGACGGUGCAAGUUGAGCGAUGAAAUUGCUCUCAAAGUGUGCGUUAACGUUUGCUUGGGAAAGAUGAGCCCAUUUGAGAAGAACCAGUGCUGCCAAGAGAUUCGUCAGACGCCGAGCGCCGCAUACUGUUUGUGUUUCGCCAUCACCCGAGCACGUGCCCGUGUCUAUGCUAGGGUCCUUGAUGAAAUCAACGCCAUUCUCACAGUCUGUGGCUCUAGUGCUAAAAUAUACGACAUGCAUGGCAUCAAAAAGCUCAAGGAUCUCAAUGACCACACAUGCCCUAUUUCAUCGGUGACUAGCGAAAGAUGGCAUUAG